GACUUCCUCAAACCACCUGCUCGGCUGACUCUCGAAGCCCGCCGUUUACAAAAAACUGCUAAACGAUUAAGUGAAAUAAAAGCAAUAAAGUCUUCUUUCAAGCAACACUAAACUUGCUUAUGGCGUCGAGGUUGUGCUAACGUCAACGGAAUAAAGUCGUUCAAAAUUGCGACGACAAGCCUGCUAUUUCAGAACCAAACAGCACGGCAGUUUGUUGUUUGUAGCAGAUAGCUAGCCAGCUAGCUAGCCGGAUAACGCAGGGGAGGUAACGUUACCUUGUCAACUGUCGUCAACUAACCGCUGUGGCCAUUAUCUGUCCUAGCAGCUUCUUUGUUUCGACUUGAGCUGGAUAACCUAAAGCAAUGUCGCUGUCGACUGAGGCUCGUUUUGGAGCAAGCGUCAGAGGUAAAGGAGCAACUAUUUGUGUGGUACCCGAUCUCUCCUCUGAUCUCCUGGAGGAUGACUUCGACCUGAAUAAGUCCUACCCAAGUGCUCAAAGACCACUGCACAAGAAGAGCCUUUUGGCAUUGCAACGUCGUUAUUAUCCUGGUUCCUUGACAAGUGAACAUUUGGAUGUUUGCAAUUCUGUCGCAACCAGAAACCACCAAAUCUCCAGCUUGCAUCCUUGCUCUCACAUUUCUGUUGACACCCUGCCACACCCAUCCACAAUGUCAGAGACAGAGGAAAGCCUGUUCAGUCAGCUUGUCUCUGGAGAUUUUGGGCUGUCGGUAUCUCCAUCUGUCCUCAACCCAAACAAAGUCAUUCUUACCGUAGAGCACAAAAGCAGAGAGAUUUUGUCAGCCAAUGAACAGGCCUGCAAACUGUUUGAGUGCACCGCUAAUGAGUUGAGAGGAAAAAAGCUGUCAUGUGUCUUGAAGAAAACCACUCAGGUCUUGGAAGAGGCAUUGGAUGAAGACUUUCUAUUAGUGGAUGGAACUCUUGCAGCUGUGUCUGGAAAAGUGGUGGAUGUUGUGACAUUGUCUGGAGAGGCACCAGUGUCAGUGUGUACCCACAGACUGUCACAAAAAGGAGAACACUGGCUUGUCAUGAUUGAGAAUGUGGAAAGGCUUUCAGCUUUUGUGUCCUUCUCACAAGAUGGCAGUAUCCUAACCUGUGACUUGGCAUUUGCUCAUCUCCAUGGAUACCACCAUCCCGAGGAAUUAAAAGGGGUGUCUGUUAAGGAGCUAAUCCCCUCUUUACAAAUCCCCCUCCACAGUCAUGCAUUGCCCAAAAUGCUGAGGGUUCAGAGAGUGUGCGGUAAAAGCAGAGGGGAUGCAUCAGUCCCGCUGUGUAUUAAACUUCAGGGGUCAGUACUGUGUGGAAGACCCCAACAGCACAACAAUGAGUCUGGACACACCUGCUCAACAGAGAGUCUCAAAAGAACAGAUGAACAGGACAAGCAGCCAUGCUCUCCUCUCACCUCCCCUGUUUGCAAGACACACUGUGAGCAACCUGCUGGAAUAGAGGCAUCCUCUGACAUCAAGAUGGGCAGUAGCGUCCUCUCCCCCAGCCCUGCACUGGAGUACUCUGGAACAGUUUGGGUUUUUGCCCCUUUGGGUGGUCUCCUCCUGCUCCGACCUGAUGGUUCAAUCUACAGCAUCCACAACCAAAUGGCUCUCAGGCUGUUUGGCUACUGCAAGGACGAGCUGCUGGGAAAGAGUGUCACUUUCCUGAUGCCUGGUUUCUAUGGAUGGAUGUCUGACUCAGACAGAAAGACCAGACCCUUCCCUGAUUCUCAAGUAAAGGCUGGUAAAAGCACAGCUUCAUCCAAAAUAUCAGGGAAAUCAGACCCUUCCUCACUGGUAGCUGGAGAUAUGGUCAUGGUGCACCAGGCCGUCCUGGGAAGAACCCCAACAGGGAGAGGCAGGAUCUUUACCGGAACAAGCACCAGGCUGGAGAAACAAGGCAGUGCUCUGUCUACUCUUUCUCCUCCCGCUGUCACCUCCACACGUGUGGUUGUGGCUGAUGACACUACGGAGCUGAUGGAGGAAGCAGCCCAGGUAGCUCCCUGCAGCAGCCACUUGGACAGUGCAGAUAACACCCAGGCUCUCCUUAAGACAUUUGCCUGGGUGGAACCUCCAGGCGAAGACACCUGCUGCCUGGCUCCCACUGAACUACCACACCAUAUCCAGGAACAGCAGCUUGGCAGUGAGGUUGAGAAAAAUAAUCAUCCGGUUAUUGAGGUUAUCUCAGACACUCCCACUCAGAACGGACAUGCUGUCGUCAGGGUGGGUGGCACCUCCCCAGAUGUAGGCAAAGACCACCGCUCAUGUGCCUCUAUCCUCCAAGAUUCCAGCUUUGAGGUCAUCUCAAUGGAGAGCAGGUCUUCCUCUGGAUUCUGUGAAAAGUUUGCCGGCCACGGUGGUUCUGGUCCAUGCCAGGCAGAGGACUCUCAUUCAGCACAUGUAGUCAACUCAGCCAGCUGUUUCCUGGACCUCAACAGCAAUGGUGAUCUAGUGACCCGAGCCCUGGCCGACCUAGAUCUGAGUGGUAGUAUAGAGCUCCUCAGUGGCAGAGGGUACAGUGACGAUAACCAACACUCCAUGACAUCCUGUGAUACAGCCGAGCUCCUGCGUACACCAUCCCCAUGCGUGGUAGGGUCUGACCAGGAAACAGAGCCUGUCGAGACCGGCGACGCUGAUGUAGAGGCCAGAAACGGCUCAACUGAAGAGCAUCUGGAAAAGGACCAAGAUAAGCCGGAUCAGUGGACAGCUCUCUCUUCAAUUCAUAGAGGAAAGAGCCAGGAAUUCUGUAUGCAAAUUAACGGUGCGAUUCAGUCACUGACAGACAUUCCUGCUACGUCUACUCCGAAGAAACAGAAGGUAAAUGGACACGACCUGUCCUCAGAUUCUACACAGAUACUGGAGGGGCAAUACGAAGGAAGUGGGUACCACAGAGAUGGCACGAGAGUAGAUGUGCAGUGUGAUGUGUGCAGGACUAGCCUUCCUGAUGGAAGCUCUAUGUUCUGUGUGUGGAUAAGCAGGCCUGGUCAGCAGGGGACACUGUUGCAAACAGAUGCAUCACUGCCCAACGAAUCAGGAGCCAGUCUAGGAGAGAGGAUUGGAGAGGCCAGCCAUGGGGAGGCAUUGCGCUCCACCAUGGACUUGGAUCACUCUCGAGCCUGUGAUGGGCAGUUUGAAGAAGAGUACCAGCCACUUAAAGCUGUUGGUAAAGGAGCCUUUGGUUUUGUCUGGAAGGCAGUAAGGCGCUGUGAUGGACAAGAAGUGGUAGUGAAGUUUAUUAGCAAGUCCAGGAUAGUGAGUGACUGCUGGGUAGAUGACCCCAUGUUGGGAAGAGUCAGCCAGGAGAUUGCCAUACUGACACGAGUGCAGCACCACAACAUUGUCAAGGUGCUGGAGGUGUUUGAGAAUGGUUAUUACUUCCAGAUGGUGAUGGAGAGACAUGGAGAUGGUUUGGACCUUUUUGAAUUCAUAGACAUGCAGCCAAGGCUGGAUGAGCCGCUGGCCAGCUACAUCUUUAGACAGCUGGUAGCAGCUGUCUUCUAUCUGAGGACUAAAAACAUCCUUCACAGGGACAUAAAAGAUGAGAACAUCAUCAUUGACAAGUGUUUCCACAUCCGGCUGAUAGACUUUGGCUCUGCCGCCAUGAUGGCUCCAGGGAAGCUCUUUUACAAUUUCUGUGGCACUCUUGAGUACUGCUCCCCGGAAGUGCUUCAAGGAAAUCCCUAUGAGGGUCCAGAGCUGGAGAUGUGGUCUCUGGGGGUUUUGCUCUACACUCUGCUAUUCAGUGAGAACCCCUUCUGUGGUGUGGAGGAGAUCCUGCAUGCCAAACUCAAGCCCCCGUUCCCCCUCUCUCCAGAGCUGAAUGGUGUGCUAUGUGGGCUGCUGCACCCUGAUCCCACCCAAAGGAUGACGCUGGACCAGCUGCUGCUGCAGUCCUGGAUCAGCCAGCAGAUUUCCCUGACAGAGUACACUUGGAAAGAGGUGGUCCCUGCAACUCAGAGCUAUUGCUCUCCACAGCAAGAGUCCAGUCCAAAAGUGUACGUCGGGCAAGGCUUGUUCCCAGAUCAGGGUGAUGAGACUCUUCCUGAUGAUGAUGAUGAGGAAGACGAGGAUGAGAGGUUGUCAAUGGUGGCCCUGGAAACAGAGCUCCAGAAGUACCUCCGUGAUGAUUAAAGACUGAAUGGAAACUAAGAGGAGCCCAACCGUCUUUCCAAUUUUUAGUCUGCAGCAUUUCUAAGAGGACACAAAGUGCAAAAUAAGAAAAGGGAAGCUUGUUUUAGUCCAUGGCAAUAACUAAACACUAGUUUGUCUAGUCUAAGUCUUCUGGAGACAACUAGAUUUCUGCUUUUAUGAAGUGUAAGGUGCCUUGCUACAAUGUAUAAUGAAUAUAUUUGCCAAGCUGUUGGGUUGGUCAAAUGUGCUGGUUGACACAUUUGUGAUUGCAACAAAGGAAGUCAAAACCUCAUAAUGUAGCAGCAGUUUUUUGCUUUUUUAUUUAAUCUAUUGUAUUUAUUCUUUGAAGUUUGCGAGAUCUGAAA